AGUGGUUGAGAUGCUAGGAAUCGAUGCGACGUGAUUGCUGCUGCCGGGAAUCACAGAAUGCGGAAAGGACUGCAUCAGAUGAUGCAGGACACCUUGAGAAUCAUUGCCACGGAUGGUGACCGGUGCAGUGUUGAUCCGGUACUCCUGGAAACCUAUACUCCCAAGCUCCAGCCAACCAUGAUGACCGGCUACCAUUUCGACAAACAAGACGACCUACCCGACGAACCUCCAAACAAUGCUCAGUACCUCUUUACUUGAAAGAUCCUUCGCACCGCAGCCAACACUCCCGCCGGGGAACGGUGGACGCAUUAUCGGUUGCACUUCCUCCACCACCCAACAACCCACUGACCACCUCGCAACCCCACCCAUAACCUCCACCCCACCCACCGACACCUUCGACACCACAACAAUCGCCGCAGCAUCCACCACGCGGGACGCCACCCUCGCCGCGUACGCGGAACACGACCCUGCCAAGCGGGACGCCGAGAAGAAUCAGGUCUUUACCCACUUGGAAGCGAUAAAGCAGAUUGAUAGACAUUCCAAGGUAUCGAGCAUUGCCCCUAUCUUUUGGGAAGUAGAGUCGGGGCAAGGUAGCGCAUGCGCAAAUUCCCAGCUACCUUCUGAUCCAUAUCGCAACGGCGGCAGUGUGCGCGCUGUUUUCGGAGUCUGUUCAGACGUUCAAAACCACACGAGUUAACAAACUCCGCGUGAGAUAACAAUAAACGGCGGGGAAAGAC